AUGGAUCGAGUGGGGAAGCGUGUUCGAGUAUUCUGGUCUGAAGAGGAGGAGUGGUUUGAAGGUAUUAUUCAAGAGUUCGAUGAAUCCCAAGGAUACUACGUCAUCUAUGACGACGGUGAUGAACGGUGGGAAUCGGACGGCCAACCGAUGCUGGUUGAAGGAGAAGAGGAGGCUCAGACUGCUGCGAACUAUGAAGAGCUGAGGAAUUCGGAUCGAGCACCUCAAAUGAUGGAGCCUCCAGCGUCACCUGGAAGUGACUACGAUGAUGACUACGAAGGAAUAGAGCAAAGCGAAAGCCACCAACAGGUCGACGAUAGCGUUGAAGGUGAGGAUCUUCCAGUUGCACAUGACACCCAACAGCAAUACGAAGAAAUCAACAAUAGCGAGGAUGACGUCGAUCAGGAAACCUACCAGCAGGAUAAGGACACGGAUAGACACGUUGAUGAUCAGUUGGAGAGUAAAGACGGUCGGGAAGAGAAUGAUGUUGAGGACCGUGGAGUUUCCACUGGUGACGACGAUUUGGACGAAGCGGGUGAUGAUCAGUCUGUGGCUGAAUCGGAGAUGCCCCAAACCUUCGGAAAAACGAGCGAGACAACAGGUAAACGUCGACUUCCUUCGACAAGUACACCACCUUCAGCUGUACCAGUUCCAACGAAAGGGUUGUUGGAAGGUAGAGUUCUACGAGCUACUGGGCUACAAACAAGUCGAGCGCUUGCUCCCAAUGCGUUUGUCAGGGUGUCGUUUGUCGAGUCUGGCGAUGCGACUCAUGCGAGUGCCAUGCUUCGAUGCAAGGAAACACUAUCAACCACUGGUAUCGUUCGAGGCUCCGUCAACCCGGUGUGGAGUGAAGAUCUAAUAAGCUACAACAACCAGCCCAGCAAAGAUAGUGGUGAUGGAGGAUUCCAACUUGAACUACUUCCUCGAAUCAUACCCCCUGGAACGAAACCUGCAUGGCACCAGCUUCCAGGCGACGUGCUUUUCACUGUGUUUUCAGCCCCCAGAUCGAAUGGUAGUGCACGCAAUGGAGCGAACGAGCAUAUCGGCCAGGCAACAAUAUCAUUACGAAGACUAUUGCAGGAUUUAUUGACCAUAUCCUCAUUCACCACUCGCGUCCUCGAGCUUCGAUCGCGCAGUGGUAAGCGUCUCGGAUACGGCAAUACAUCGGCACGAAGUCUAUAUGAUGAUGGUAGAGCUGAAGCCCCAACGUUAGUUGUUUCUUUCAAGUUUAUCCCAACGUACGAGAGUAAAACUAAACCGAAAGCACUCCGUUCAGUGGCAAGUGCGUCAAGAUUGGACAAAGUAGCCCCCUCUAAGGCAUCUUCUAGACUAGGAUAUCGACAAGAUAAGGCUCGAAGUGCAAAGAGAACAGCUCCUGCCCAAACAAGUAGUAGCUGUAUUAAUCGCCGGCGGUUUGAGAAGCAGAUCGCGAAGGAUAAUCGGUCUUUUGCUAAGCGUUUGCAGUGGAAAGAGGCUCGUCGAACUCGUCAAUCGGCUCACGCAAAAGCUCAAGAAAAGAAGAAAGUGACGCCACCUCAGCAUGGUGCUCGAAAGCACGGACACAAAGCUCAUUCCGGGAUUAAUCGGACCAAGUUUGUGCAACAAAUUGCAGCGGAGAACAAAGCGAUCGGCCGACGGCUGCAGAAUAUUCUCGGCAGUGACGAAGGAGCUCGCAAUCCCGAGAAAUUCAGCAGUUGGGCUGCAGCAGAACCCAAAGACAGUUUAAACUGUGACUACAUGGAUAGAGAUAAGCUGCAUGCACAGGAUAAGCGGUGGCAACGACAAGUCGAGCUUGAUUAUCUAAUGGAAAAGGCUCAGACAAAGUACCAGCAGCAGCACCAAAUGGUAGAGGAAGGCAUGGAGCUUCAGGAAGCAGUUGCUGCACUGAAAACACAGUUGGACACACUGAACAAGGGUGUGCUGCGUUUAGAUAUCCUAAACAAGAAGGAUCAACACGUCCGCGAUUGCCUACUUCGUGCUGCUGUAACUUCUGGAAGCUCGACCGUGAAGCCAUCACUACGACACCCGAAGAUACCAAACAAAAUUUCGUCCAAGACAUCGACUCAGAACAAUCAUGAAGACAGCGAUAGCUCCGGGAAGAGCCGUAAGGAGCAGGAAUUGGAGCUCUUAACACAGCAUCGAGAUCGUCUGCAGGCUGACAAAUACAGGUUAAGCCAAGAGUUAAAGUCUCUGAACCAACAGGACGUCGAACUGGACAAUGAUAUGAAGGAUCAACAAUCGAAGUGGGAAUACGCGCUAGCUACGCAGCUUUUCCAUCGACAAAUGGACAAGAAGAACGCAGUUCAAGCUCAGCAAACAUUUCAAGAAAUGAAGAGGAGACAGAAAGCCCUCGAACUUUGUCGUGAAGAAGAAGAACAGUGGGUUUGUUACCAAGCGCAUCAAGAACUUACACAACUACAAAUUGCAAUUCAGAUCUUAAAGGACCAGAACGGUGAGGGAUCUCGAAGUUUAGGUAAACCUCGAGCCUCAAAGUCUUCUUCAACUGCAGUUUGCGAGUACUUGACGAAGAAGAUUGAGAAGCAAAAGAGUAAAUUGCAGCGGCUUCAGGAUGAAGUGGAGAGACGACGGAAUGACUACGAGGCAAUGUUAGUGAGCGGUGGAUACGAGAGUCUUCGGAAACGUGUGCAGGAGCUGCAAAAGCUAGUAUUCCUGUGUAAAUCACAGGCUACACAUGUAAAGAAAGCAGAGAGAAUCUCACAACGGAAGGGUGAGCAAGUGGACAUGGACUUCCAACGACGAUUGUUUAGUGAACAAACAGAAACAGACAUAUUGCUGAAGAAGAUUCCCAAGCAGUAAAUGAAAUAAUGCAGUACCUAUCGUUUUUACCAGCC